AAUUGAUUGUUGUUACCGAUGUAAACAAACGAAAAUCAACUUUUAUCAAGUAAAUCAUGAAGAGCGAAUCAGACGAAAUAGAGAAAGAAGACUUAGGAAAAUAUGCUGACUUGUUUUCGUUCGAUGUGGUCAAACCUGUGAGGCUAUCUCUUCAUUUGAUUGUAAAAAGACACCUUCCUCCAGAGGUCAAAGACAGUAGCCAUGAAAAGAUUCUGGAAGCUCUUCAGAAAAUUACCCACCUGCGACUAGACAGGGAAAAUAUUUCAGAUAUUGAUGGAUUAGAGUUACUGAGCGAUAAAGUCACCAAUAUUUACUUACAACAUAAUCAAAUAAGAAGGAUAGAGAACCUGGAAUGUCUAAGAAAUCUGAAGUUUUUGACUCUGUCUGGUAACCAGAUCCAAUGUGUGGAAAACCUGAGACAUCUAGAAAAGCUGUACUUCCUGGACCUGUCCUUCAAUCAGGUCAAGGACUUUGACAUAGAUGAAUUUCCACAGAGUUUAAUCAUUCUGAAUUUAAAAGGGAAUCCCUGCACAACCCACCCAGAUCACAGAGGACGAAUCAUCCAGGACUUACCAAAACUGAAGCAGCUGGAUGAAGUAGAAAUCAGCAGGGAAGAAAAGCUGGAGGCGGGAUUUAAAACUGAGAGGGAAGAGAAGGAAGAUGAAGAGGAGGAGGAAGACAGCCUAGAGGAAGAUUCAGGGAGGUCAAAAGACAUUGCUCAGCUGACCACCUCUACUCUGUUGAGGUCCCAACAAAGACUGGAACUGGACCUGUUGAAUCAGACGAGCGCAGACAUCAAUAAAUUAGAGAACGAACUGGAUGAAGCCAGAUGUAACUAUAAACUCACGUUCACGGAGGCCUCCCAGCGAUUGGCUCAAGCUGCUGAGAAGAAAAGAAAGAAUAUUCAGAGAGCGCGUGCGUACUUCGAGCUAAAAGAGGAAGCUAAAAAGACACAGGGGGAGUCGCUUAAGGCUGCCCGUCAGUACCAGUCCGCCAUUAGUGUUUACCGCGCUGCCAAGGAAACAGUGACGCUGGCGGAAGAACGUCUCUUGCAGAAGGGGGAGGGUACUCUAUCAGCUGCCUGGCAAGAAAUGAUGAACCACGCCACUAUGCGGGUGAUGGAGGCUGAGCGGGAGAAGCGGGAGAGUGAGGAGCGCCAUCUACUGGCCACGUCACGAUGUGCUCAGUGUGAAAACAGACUAAAGCAACUAGAAAAGAAGUUCAAAAAGUCUAUUAUUAAAGCAGGCCCAUACUUCGAAGUCAAACAUGAACUGGACUUAAAACUACAACACCAGAAACAGAAUGUAACGGACCUACAGUCCGCCAUUAAAGAAACAAAAUCUAAGUACUCCUCGGCGCUCAACAAUCUCGAGAGGAUCUCGGAGGAGAUUCAUCAAAGCAGACGAGACAAAAUCAUGCUCAUGUUUCCAAGACAACCAGGAGUGGGAGCGGAAUCCGGAAGUAGUUUAGCUUCGGCUGUUCCCGACAUAGAUCUCGACGAAGCGGCAUUUGAAAACCUCUCUGACGUCAACGACUCUAUCUUCGAAGAUGAUGAAGAUCAGGUUGAUCAAGGCCUUUCCUUCAAGUGUUCUCCUGAUCAAGAUUGUGAAACUGAUAAACAAGAAAAUGAUUCACCAAACCCGACUUAUACAAAAACGGACAAUCAGAUGCAAAACGACAAGAAAGUAGGCGUGGAAGUUUCACAAUCGAAUGGCGACCACGCGAGAGAUAGUGCUCAAGAACAAUACAAAACUGAUGAGAAAAUGGACACUGAAUUAGCAAAUAAAAUACCGAGUGACAACAUUCCGGCAAAUAUUGAACAUUCGGGCUCAGAUACAAAGGUGUCCUCCAAUAAUAAUAUAGAGGAAAUAACAAGCUGAAACAAACAAAGUCUGUUUUUAUUAGUUUUAUUUUUUAAAUUUAAUGUUGUGAACUUUUGAGAAUUUCAUGCAUAAUUUGUACUCGGUUCCUCAGUGCAUGUAGAUGCAUUUAUUUCCUAGA